AUGGCGGUGCCGCGCGAAGGGUGGAAGGCGACGGACUUUGUAGUGGACGACAUGGUGUACUCCAGCAUUGACGUGCUCAUAAUGGACGCCCUACGACACCUACAAUGCUUGGAGAAGAAUAGCACGCUCAGGCUGUACACCGCGUUCAUCUACCACUACAAGAAGUGGGCGGCGAAGAUGCUGAAGCAGAUACGCGACAAGCUCCCCCAUGAGCAACGACUUAGGCACGUCGACGAGAUCGGCCACUACAUCUGCGACAACAAGAAAAAGGAUUGGUGCAACGAGAAAGUGGUCCGCCGAGAGUACAUCUGGCUGCACGGCCCUAAGGUCACCGAAGCCCGGCUGCGCGCCUACGUGAAGCAAAUGAGCCGUGAGUGUAACCUCAUUGCUGACCAGCCCGGGGAGGAGAACAAUGCCACGCGAACGGGGCCUGUGAGGUCGACAACUGUGCACACGAUCCUCGGCCGCAUAAAGGCAUGCCAGAUGGCGGCGAGGGUGGAGGCGACGCUGAACUGCGCCGACCGUCGACGCGGCACCAUCGGCGAUACCUACACCGCCGAGCAGUUCCGCCAGAUCAUGAUGAGGGUGCUGCCGACAUGGGCGGCGUCGGCGUGGAACCCGCGGGCUACCACUCCGUCGCAGACGCUGUGGCGAUUCCUGCUCAUCAAGCUGCUCACGCUACUCUCCCACCACACUCUCCUGCGCGGCGCCAGCAUCCGCGAGAUCACGCUCCCCGACGUCUUCUUGUACCACCUGGCGAGCACCUUGGAGGUGAACCCGGAUAGCCAGCCGGUCGUCAUGGUGAUCGCCGCGCGUAACUCGAAGACUUCCAAGGAUGCCCGUCUUCAGCAGAGCUACGCUGCGCGACACCUGGAAGCGGAGCUGUGCGCCGUCGGCGAGACCGGCCUGUGGCUGCACUUCAUCCUCGACCAGAUCGGUCAGUUCUCCGGCACCGACUUCCUUUCGCCGCUUGACACCACAGAACGCGAACGCUGGUACAAGAAGCACCUCUUCUUCGCCAGAAACGACAAGGAGCAGGAGGAGCUCUCCUCCGCCACCCACCAACGUUGGACUCGGCAGAUGUGGAGGACCAACAAGGUGUUCUGCAAAAGGAACGUGCACGCCGCCCGCGCCGGUGGUGCGCAGGAGCUAGCCAUCGGAGGGACGCCGCGCGCCCAGAUCGCCGAGCUGGGACACUGGGCUCUCGACAAGAUGACGCGUGCGUACAUCACGGCCAUUCCCGUUGGGGUGGUGAUGCAGAAGGCCGGCUACUCGGGACUCAAGCAAGACUACUUUUUGGGGCGCAGCAGGGUCGAGCCCUCCGACAAACUCCUGGACCUGCUCGCCGAGCACAUCUUCCCCGGCGUGGAUGCUAUGCCGCGCGAUGAAAUAUCCGUGCGCAUGGACACCCAGUAUCACAACAUGUCCCUCAAGGAGGCGCUGAAGAAGGAGGUCGAGCGCUCGGCGCUCGAGAAGCUAGGCUACCAGGAGACGAUCGAGAAGCAAAACGACACCAUCGCGUCGCUCACCGCCAAGCUUGCUCGACUCACCGAGGCACUCCGUGUGUCAGAAGCCCGGAGGAUGCCGGCGGCGCCGCUGUCGGCGACCGAUCAAACUCCGGGCGAGGGUGGCUCCGCGGAUCCGGCCAACACGGGGACCGGAGCCAAGAGAGAUGAUGGGAAACCCCCGCCACCCCCCAAGACGGCAGAGGAGGCCAGUUACGAGCUCAACGUGGUGCAACCGUGGCGGGAUUCAAAGACCGUGCGGGACGCUUGGCGCCUCUGGAACUCCGCCACCGCCAAUGACACCCGUCGUCUUUGCGACGGGGUCGCCGAGCCGGGGUUCAUCGACCGCCACACCCUCCUCAAAGGCGCGACCCAGGGUGCACUCAACAUGAGGGUGCGCCGCAUGCUGAAGGCCAUGGAUGCGGUGCGCCAGCUACGCGCGAGCGACGGCGAUGCCGACACCGAAGCCGUGGUCGAUGCACUGAACACGAUCGCGGCACCGGGCAUUGGGACCUUCUGCGAUGCCCUCACGGUGCUCAACCCGGAGACGGCACCGACGAUGUCCAAGGAGCCUGGCAUGGGCGUCAAGGGGCUUGGCCCCAAGGUGGUCUCGAAGCUACGCCUCGCCUGUGCGCUGGUGGCGCUGGAGCUGAAGCCGACGACGUGGGCCGACCGCCUGUUUCCAGACACCUGGGAGGAGCAGAUGCCGAAGACUGAGGUCGACUUGGCCAAGCAGACCGCACCUGCGCAGCGUCCUCCGUCAAAUCGCAAGAAGUCGGCAUGA